GUGUGUGACCGUACACAUGUGUGCUCACGCAAGGGAAAACGAGUCCUAUUCUUUCAACUUGUAAAUGUUAAGGGACGUAAAGCCGUGGGUAAGAGAAACAAACUCAAGAGUACAAAUAACUACAAUGAAUAGUGUUGGUGAAGACUGCAGUGAGUUGAAGCGUACUUAUGACAGUUGCUUCAACAGAUGGUUUGCGGAAAAGUUCUUGAAAGGAAAAAUUGAAGAAGACAGUGACUGUAAAGAAAUUUUUACAUCAUAUCAGUCAUGUGUUAAGAAAGCAUUAAAGUCCCAGAAUAUCAGUUUAGAUGAAGUAGAGAAAGAUGUUUUAGGAACUCCAGAAGAAAACCAGCCUCCUCCCAAAGACUAGUUUAAAGUACAUAUUACGGAGGUUUGGUAGGAAUAUUGUACAAAUAAUUUCUUGUUUGUUGUUUGUAUGGAAGUAUACAUACACUACCUUCAUUUUUUUACAGAAUGAAUCUUUGCAGCAUAUGCUAUUUUGUUUUUUAUUUACAUGCAAGGAUAUGUAGUUUGUCAUGAUGCCAAAAAUUCCUAGCUAUUCAAUCAAUACAUUUUGCAUAAUACACGUUAAACCUAAUGUGUAAAAUGACAUCCAUUUAGAAUGCAGAAAUGCUUUCCUUAGGUGAAAAAAGUGUUCUUGUGUUUAUUUAGAAAACUAAGUUAAUAAGCAUUUUGUUGUUUUUACUUAAGUUUUGUGAUAUUCAUGAUUAACUAGGAAUGACAAUGGGUUCCUCUGGUCCAACAUAAAUGUAUACAUUGAUUGAAAUGUGAUUGUUAUUUUCUAGGAUGAUACUACACUAAUGUAACUCACAAUCUGUUAUAAUGGUACAACAAUGAAGACUGUUAGUAAAGAUAAUACCAAUGUUUUAUUCUUAUGUGUUACUUUACCUAUGGUUGUGCUUUUUAUAUGCAAGUAUAUGCAAUAUUAACCAUGAUUUAUUUUUUGCUAGUACAACUGCAUAUUAUACUAUGCUAUGAUAAACAGUAACAUAAUGUAAUUUUUAAUUUUUUUUUUUGUUUAUUUAUUUUAUUAUUAUUAUUAUUUUGUUUAUAGCUUAAAGAAAACUGCUGAGCUGCUAGUGUGAUAUACCAGUAUUGCUUGAAUUUCAUAGUUCUCUGUUCAAAAUAGAAGACAUUAAAAAUAAAGAAGAAAUGGUGAUGAGGUAUUGUAAAAGAUAUUCUGCUUAAGAUAUGCAAAGCAUGUAAACAUGAUAUUCAUCUAGGAUAUGUAUUUGACAAGCUUUUUUUCCAUAUAUUAUGUAAAUAGUGGAUGUAAAUGUCUGUUUGCUAGUUUUAUUUGUGUAAAAUAUUGUAUAUAACAUUACAUUUUGCAAAUGA